GGAACGGAAGUUCAGAUGCAGGUCACCCACACAGGUGACCGGAAGUGUCUGCUUAAAUGGAGUUAAUCAGAAGCCUAGCUAACAUAAAAAUUGACAUUAUUUUUUUUUCUCUUAACUCAGCUUCGACACCUGUAGGAGGGAGGCCGUAUAUUACAACAUCUGAGGAGACAGUUUGGGUCAAGGCGAGUGCAGCAAGCGACGAAAAUUACCCGUGUUUAUUAGUAGAUAACAGUCACUGCUAAGCUAACAGUAACGUUAGCCACCAACGGCUAACGUCAACGGCAACAAGCUAACGUUUUUUUUUUUUCCCGACAAACCGCCCCUUUUGCUGACCAGGUGAUGUUGGGACUGUCAAGACAAACCAUGGACACUGUCUUCUGUAUAAAAGAUAAUUUUUACUGAAUACAGAUGAGCCAGUGCCUCAAACAUGAAUGGCGUGGUUACUGCUGCUGAGCUUCAAGGGACCUGAACCAAAGUGCACUACUGACUGAAAGCAUAUUAUCAUAAGAUGACUCAACACCAACACUUGUUAUUUCCUUCUAUUUUGAUGAGAAGACAUGCAGAUACCAGGUAAAGGCAGAGACACGAUGGACUGAUGCUGUGGGGAAAGAAUCAAUCGAUCCUGCUAGCAACAGGGGCGAAAAACAGGAUGCAGAGUAAGAGUGAAGAGGCGAGAGGGUGCAGCACCAAGGGGAGGCCAGAGGUGAGAGAGGGACAGAGGAGAAAUACAACGCAGAAAUGAAACGGCAAAGGCACAGCGCUGCCAAGAAAGAGGACAACUUGAGAAUGAUGGGAAAGGAGGGCAGAAAGAAAAGGGGGUGACACACAUUGAAGGGCUGCUGGUUGGAAUCGAACCCAGGCCAUAGCAAGCACUCAGCCUACAUGGGGCACACACUCAACCAGGGUCUCGCAGAACAGGCUCAUCAACAUGGUGUGCGCUUUGGCAAGCAGUCCCACAAACUGGCCUUCGUCAAUCAUAACCAGAAGUGUGAGGACAUGCCACAGGUCCAAGGGUUGGAGAAGCAGGUGGAGUUCUCAGACCUGCGCCCUGUGGGGUCGGUGAUGAAGACUCUUCCAUACGGCAUGGGUGGAGGGACGGCGGGAGGAUCGACAGGGGGAGUGGUUAAGCCUCCAUACCAAACGCGUAUCUUCUCCACAUCCAUUGAUCAGACACCCAUGAAAUCCAAGCCACCCACCUACAGUUUCUUUAACCCAUAUGACACGGCCCGGAACCAGUCCCUGCUCUUGGACCAGACAGGAUACCGCUCUAAGCGCAAGCCCUCGCUAAAGACAGCCAUGAAGACCAAGAAGAUCUUCGGCUGGGGAGACUUCUACUUCAACGUGAAGACCAUGAAGUUCAGCUUGUUGGUGACAGGGAAGAUUGUGGACCACAUCAAUGGGACGUUCACCGUCUACUUCCGCCACAACUCGUCCAGCCUGGGGAAUGUCUCGGUCAGUAUCGUGCCGCCGACCAAAGUGGUGGAGUUCGAGGUCCUCCAGCAGCAGCAGCUGCACCCCCACACCCAGCAAGAAGUCCAGAUCCAGGAGACCCAGCAGUCCACCAUCGACCCCAAAGAGACAAAGACCUUUAACUGUCGGGUGGAGUACGAGAAAACUAACAGGUCCAAGAAGCCCAAACCCUGCCUGUACGACCCGUCUCAGACCUGCUUCACAGAGCACACCCAGUCCCACGCCGCCUGGCUCUGUGCCAAACCUUUCAAGGUGAUCUGCAUCUUCAUUUCUUUCUUCAGCAUCGACUACAAGCUGGUUCAGAAAGUGUGUCCGGACUACAACUUCCAAAGCGAGCACCCUUACUUUGGAUAAGUAAGAGAGGCUGAACUGCAAAGAGAAAAAAAAGAGACAAUGUUAAUGACGACGAUUAUAAUGAUAAGGAUGGGAAUCAUAGUCAUAUUGAUUACGAUGAAGACGCAGGGGACAGUUUUUUUGCCUCUAAACUGCUGUGAAUUGUGGAUUUAAAUCAAGUAUAAUCAGAGUUGUGGAUGGUUAGGAUAUGGCUGAUUUCUCUGACUUAUUUUCCAACUUUGUAUUCGUUAACUUCUGUUUUUAUUUGCUUUUUUUUCUGUAAAUAAUGUACUCAACCUCAGCACACUUAUUGUUUUUAGAUAUUUGUUUCUCAGUGUUAUUACUUUUUGCAGUUGGAGAAUUCGGUUGAAAACAGCUGGAGUCAGUAUUAUGCCCUCCGAGUACAAAGGGAGCCUCUGAGGCGGCUGUGCUGUGCCAUCACUGUAUGGCAGACGUAAUGUUAUGGUAGACUGACUGUUAAUCAUCCUCUCAGCUCUACGUCUCUAACCCUGGAUAUAAGAGAGUUAUAUGUAUGAGAAAUGCUAUGCUGGAUAUGCAUACAAUAUACUGUAUGAAA